AAAACAAAACCCCCCAAAAAAAUGUCUGGAGUUUGGGUAUUUAACAAUGGUGUAUAUAGGCUUGAAAGUAGCCCCAAGAGAAGGGUUUUGGUGCACUUGGCAUCAGGUGAGGCUGUAUCAUCCUACUCUUCUCUUGAGAACAUUUUGAGAGAUUUAGGGUGGGAGAGGUACUUCGGGGGUGAUCCUGACUUGUACCAAUACCACAAGCAAUCUUCCAUUGAUCUCAUUUCGCUUCCUAAGGACUUUUCCAAGUUCUGCUCCGUUCACAUGUAUUACAUAGUAGUUAAGAACCCUAAUGUCUUCCAUGUACGGGAUAUGUGAUGUG